AUGGAGAGUCACUUUGAAAAAAGUUCGAUUCCAGUAACGAGUUAUCCAUCUUCACCGGAACCAUCUACCGAUGAAAUACACCACCAACUAACAGAUGAAGGGCUACACUACAUGAUCCAGGAGCAAGAGGAGCAGCUUCACCGAGAACGCCCUGCAGUGACCAUUGGCCGAACGGUGUCCACCCCGGAACGUAUCUUCGCCAAUCUCAACCUCUCUGGCCAACAGGGCUUCGACGAGGAUGAAGACGAACCGGGUAUAUCAAGGACACCAAGAACAAGUCCCAGUCGGACCUCCCCCAUCUCAGCUGCCACGUCUCCGCCCACCGGGAUUCACCCGUCAGAGAUGAGACAGCCCUCAACAGACAGAAUGUACCAGGACAUGGUCGGUGACCUGGAUGUCAUGAUAGACAUUGCGAGGAGCAUGCAUGAGGUGGCUCGCCACACCAAAACUUUAAUCAGCACUGCCUACGAGCGCAUCGACCUGAACGACCCCCGCGUCCGAAAUCUGGGCAUCGGCAGAGUCAUGAAGGACCUACGGAUGGAGAGCGCCCAUGCCGUGGUGGACGGCCAGCGAGCCCAGGUACGCUACGAGAAAGUCAUGACAGACGUCCGUCGGAUGAAGAGGUGCUUGAGGAACCUCGGCUUCUGGCACGGGGGCGGUCACAGUGGCUCGCUCCCGGGAGAACGGCAGCCGAGCGUCACGGACUCGUGGGCGGUGUGGAAGAAUGAUUGGUCUUCAGUCCCCCUGGCCAAAGAGACUAGAAGAAGAUUGACCCCACGCCACGCCCAGGUCCAUCUCAUCCCGCAUGCAGGACGGAGAACGAGGAGCAGCGAGAAUCAGGAAAAAGUGAUGCCGGUGUGCCCUUGA